AUGGAGGAUGAAGAAGAAGAAUGGAUGUUGUACGAGGAAGCCGCAUGCGAAACGCCGCCGCCGCCGCCGCCGGAAUCCUCCGCCCACUGGUUCACGAGACUCCUGUUCCUGCAAGCGGAGCUCACGUACAAGUGCAUCGCCUCUCUCUUGUCCCCGAUCUUCUCCCUCCUCUCCUUGGCCUCCGACUCUUACCACCAGGCCGAGGAGGCCAAGGACUCCGUGGAGUCCGCCGUCCACCGAGUCCCCUCCAGCCUCUCCCUCCUCCUCAAGAGGCUCGGCCUCGGCUUCAUCGCCUCCGCCUACGUCUGCAUGGUCCUGACCCUGCUCGUGGCUCUGUCCGCGGUGGUGGGCGUCGGGUUGGUGAGGAUGUGGGUGGAGGAGCCCGUGUUCGUCAGGCAAAGGCUGCAUCUCGAUUACGCUCGGCUUCAUCCCCAGGCCGUCCUCUCCUUCUGCAGCGGCGGCGACGAUGGCGGGGUCGGUCUGUGCGAAGGGUUCCGCCAGAAGAAGCACGCGGGCAUUCCUGCGGGUCAUACUUUUUCCGUCUCUCUGUCGCUCCUGAUGCCGGAGUCCGACUAUAAUCGCCGCAUUGGCAUUUUCCAGGUCACUGCAGAGUUGCUUUCGGCGAACGGGGAAGCGAUCGCGAGGUCGAGUCGGCCAUGCAUGCUGCGUUUCAGAAGCCUCCCGGUGAGGCUCAUGAGGACACUCGUGCUCAGCAUACCUCUGUUGCUAGGAGUCUCGGCAGAGACCCAGACGAUCAAAGUGGAGGUCCUGAGGCACAAGGAGCUGAGGCAUCCCAGGACAGCGGCCAUCAGGAUCACCCUGAUCCCGAGGGCUGGGACUUCGUCACCACCGCAGGUGUGCGAGGCCGAGAUCGCGAUGAAUUCGCAGCUGCCAUGGGCGAAAGAUGUGGUCCGCAACUGGAGGUGGAGCUUCCGCGUGUGGGCGUCCCUCUGCACGUACGUCGCGCUUCUGCUCACCCUCCUCUGCUGCUGCAAGACCCUGGUCCUGCCGUCAACGUCAGCAAUGGGGAUCUCCUCCACGGAGCACGACGACGGUGAGCCCGAGAUAUCGGCGAAGAAGGGCGAUCACGGAGCGAGGCGAGCGAGGCAAGAAGAGGCGAGAGGAGGGGACAACGGCGAGGUUGCGGAGAUGUUGAGGAAGUGGCAGCAGAGAAGAGGGAAGAGGGAGGCCAGGUUCAUUUCGCGAGUGGGCGGCGGAGGCGGAGGCGGAGGCGGAGGCGGAGGCGGAGGUUCAUCGGCAGAGACCGGCCGGAACGUGACUAGAGAAGGGACGAGCGCAAGAAGCAUCGAGGAAGAUGAGGUUGGGGAUUCGGAGUCCAUAACUUCUUGUUCGUUUCAGGGUCUGAACGUUUCGAAUCGGGACUCGACAUCGUCGGCUGAUGAGAUGCCUGGGGUCCGGUUGCCCGGGUGGUGGCCGAGCGUCGAGCUCAUGGUAGUUGUCGAGUCUGUUGGCGGUCGCGGUGGCGGCGGUGGCAAAAUCACUGUUGGCGGUCGCGGUGGCAGCGGCGGCCGCUGA